UUGCUAUAUAAUGGAUCCUAAAACUACAACUGGUAAAGGAGAGCAACCAAUGAGUACUAAAGGUGGCAAAUUCUUUAAGCCUUCACAAACAGAUGCAACGAAGAAAGAAACUAAAGGAAAGGAAAGAGAUUUGGUAAAAUUCUCAAUGGGUGGAAAUAGUACCAAAUUACAAUUCACAGACGAUGGGACUACAUAUAAUCAAUUCACAAAGGAAAGCUCUUUCAAAGAUUCAUAUUACACCACAGAGGUUGACGAAAGCAAAUUUAAUGAUGAACAAAAGAAGAAAGCAGCUCUUAUUGAAAAACAAAUUAAUAAUGAAAAGAAAGGCAUAAAAAAUAAUGAUCUUGAGAAUGACGAUGAAGAAAUGGAUAAUUCUCGUCCCCCAAAAACUCAGAGUUAUGAUCAGUUUAUAAAAGAAAAUAAUGUUGUCGACGUGAUGGAACUUGAGAGAAAUCUUUCAGCCGCAAGCACUGAUUUGAAAAACCAGACAACAGAUAUUGAGCUAAUGAAAAAGGAAUCUCAAAAGAGUAUUAAUGAUUUUGAAAUCGAAGAAAUGGGAGGAAAUGCAAGCAUCCCAAUUAACAAUACUGAAGAAAAGGAUGAUCAGACACCAAAAAUGAAAUUACAUUCAAGAGAAUUUACUCCAAAAAGCUCAAAACCGGACCAAAGUUCCUCUAAAAGCAUUGAUGAAUUUGAGAUAACAACUGGAUCUGCUCCAGAAAAGAAAACUACUGCUCCAAAAUCCAAUCUCAAACUCAAACCUACUACCAGAACCUUUAAACCUUCAGGAUCAACUCUCUCAAAACCAUCUAAACCCUUCAUUCCAUCCUCCAACUUAUCUCAAUCAACUGCUACUCCAUACCGUCCUCCUCUAUCACAACCACCUGUUCAGAACUAUCCUCCGGCUACUCUUCCCCAAGCAGCUGCUCCAAAAACCUUCUAUCCUAAAGGCAAUGAAUCCUUUAAGAGGCCAUCUCAGUCCUUGAGUAGUUAUACAGGAGGGGUUACCCCUUCUGCAGUUGACCAGAAUGUUUACCAACAGACACAGGGCAUCCAUGCAAGUCAAAGACAGAUUAAGAUAUCAAGGUAUUAUAGCUUGAAACAGCAAGUUAGUAUGGAAGAGUUCUUCUGAUUUGAAACUUUCUAUAAUGAAAGUAAGAGAAAUGGCUUUGUAGAGUCUAUUCAGAAAGCUAAAGAAUUUCAGAUGAACAAGAAUAAUCAGAAUAACCAAAAUCAGAACCAAUAUCAGAACAAUAGUUAUUCAGGGUAUCCCAGAGGCUCACAGGCAGCUUCAUAUCAAAAUGGAGCCGAUUAUAACAACAGAGGAGGGACUCAUGGAAGAGUAUACUAAAUCUUAGCAGUCGAAAUUUUGAUAUGGUUCUGAAGUCA